ACCAGUGAGCUUGGGUGUGAGUGAGGAAAUGCAAAUACGUCGUCGCUGGGUGACCCGUAUUACGAAAACCAGCAAGAGGAAGUUGUGUUUUGUUGCUUCCUGAAGUCAGUCUUGAAGAGAAGUGUGUGUGCCUGCCCAAGACAGCUGGCCCUGGAGCCCCAUCCUGCCCUGAGGUCCCACUGACCCCUACUGAAUCCCGAAGCGUGUGGCACCCCACAGUGUCAGUGUCCACCUCCGUGUUCUCAGCAGCCAGGAUGGAGAUCGCAGAUGGCGCCAGCUGCAGCCAGAGCUCUUCCCAGGCUGAGACCCCAAGAACCUCCUGAACUGCUCCACUUCAACACUGCUGGGCAAGAAGAAGAUUUUCAGCAGAUCCCCCUAGCCCUGUGCAAGGCCUGAGGUGGCCAACCUGGAGCGCACCUGGACCACAGGUAGCAAGGAGCCUGACACCCACCCUUCUACCUCAGUGCCUUCACAGAGUCUGACCACCUCAGGAAGCUCCCGGCCAGCCCCCCCAAGGAGUUCAGAGAGCUCAGCUUUGAGGAUGGAGCCAGAAGGGGGGUCCUCAAUGCCCCCUGCCCCCAUUGCCACCCUGGGGGAGCCAGAUGCUGGGCCUAGCAGCUCCUCCCUGGAGCUCCCAAGCACAGACCCAGGAAAGCUCCAAGCACUCCCUGUUGGACCUGGAGUCCACUGUGGGGAUCCUGCCUCUGGGAGCCCUGACAGCCAAGUCUCUGUGGGGGACAGUCCCCAGGACACGGGCUCCAUCGGGGAGCCCAGCAGCAGCACUAAAACCCCUAACCGGGACAGCGGAAUCGACAGCCCCUCCUGCAGUGUGGUCAGUGAGCACUUUCCCUGUGAGGAGGGCAGUGAAGCAGCCCCAGGCCCCACCAUCAAAGGGCUGCACCCAGAGACAGCUCCGGAGGGGACGACACCUCGGGAGGAGGCCGAUAGCGAUGUGGGCGAGGGCAGCAGUGAGGAGCCAGAAGCGGAGAACAGCCUUCCAAGGGCUGACGCAGAUCCAGCCAAGUGCUCUAAGCCUCAGAAGCUGCUCCACAUUGCCCAGGAGCUCCUGCACACCGAGGAGACCUACGUGAAACGGCUGCAUCUGCUAGACCAGGUUUUCUGCACCCAGCUGACAGAAGCAGGGAUCCCUUCAGAAGUUACCACAGGCAUCUUCUCUAACAUCUCCUCCAUCUACCGCUUCCACGGGCAGUUCCUCCUGCCUGAGCUGCAGACGCGGAUCACAACUGAGUGGGAUACCAACCCCCGGCUUGGAGAUAUCCUGCAGAAGCUGGCCCCAUUCCUCAAGAUGUAUGGCGAGUAUGUCAAGAACUUUGACCGGGCUGUGGAGCUGGUGAGCACCUGGACCCAGCGCUCACCACUGUUUAAAGACAUCGUCCAAGGCAUCCAGAAGCAGGAGAUGUGUGGAAAUCUGACUCUGCAGCACCACAUGCUGGAGCCUGUGCAGAGGGUCCCCCGCUACGAGCUGCUGCUCAAGGACUAUCUAAAGAGGCUCCCAGAGGAUGCCCCGGACUGGAAGGAUGCAGAGAGGUCUUUGGAGCUCAUCUCCACCGCUGCCAACCACUCCAAUGCUGCCAUUCGGAAAAUGGAGAAAAUGCACAAGCUCUUGGAGGUGUAUGAGAGACUGGGUGGGGAGGAAGACAUCGUCAACCCUGCAAAUGAGCUGAUCAAGGAGGGCCACAUCCAGAAGCUGUCAGCCAAGAAUGGCACGGCUCAGGACAGGCACCUCUUCCUGUUCAACAGCAUGAUCCUUUACUGUGUGCCCAAACUGCGGCUCAUGGGCCAGAAGUUCAGUGUCCGGGAGAAGAUGGACAUUUCUGGUCUCCAGGUGCAGGAUAGCAUCAAGCCAAAUGCAGCCCACACGUUCAUCAUAACCGGAAAGAAAAGGUCCCUGGAGCUACAAACUCGGACGGAAGAGGAGAAGAAAGAAUGGAUUCAGGUCAUUGAGGCCACCAUCGAGAAGCACAAGCAGAACAGCCAGACCUUCAAGGCCUUCAGUGGCUCCUUUGGCCAGGACGAGGACUCCUCCUUCACUGCAGACCCACCUAUGGUGAGCACCAGCUCCGAGGUGCCAGCAGUGGUAGCCAGCGGUGGAGGGGGUGCUGCAGGGCUGGAGCCCAGGAGAGCGUCCUCUAGGACCAGGCGUGACAAGGAGAAGCAGGGCUGCAGGAGCUGUGGCGAGACCUUCAACUCCAUCACCAAAAGGAAGCAUCAUUGCAAGCUGUGUGGGGCGGUCAUCUGUGGGAAGUGCUCCGAGUUUAAGGCCGAGAAUGGCAGACAGAGCCGUGUCUGCAGAGAGUGUUUCCUGACCCAGCUGGCAGCGCCCUUGAACCCCAGCCCGGAUGUGCCCUUGGAGCCCAAGCAGAGCACAGAGAAGCCAGCCGCUGUGGACCACCCACCCAGCCUGCUCUGUGGCCCCCUGCAGGUGUCAGAUGGCAGCACAGCCUGGAGCAAGGUGUGGGCUGCCAUCCCUGAGUCUGGCCCCCCGGAGCUGGUGCUACGCCUUCACGGAGGCAGCCAGGACGGCCAGCUGCUGUGUGCCAUCCCCCUCUCUGGCUGCAGGGUGAGUGUGCCGGACCCCGCGGACAGGCUGGACGCCAGGCACAUGUGGCGGCUGCAGCAAGGCCAGCAGUGCUGGUGUCUGAGUGCCCCGUCUGUGGAGCUGCAGCAGCAGUGGCUGGAGGCCCUGAGCAUGGCAGCCUGCAGGCCCCCGGCCCUGGCUGCACCGUGAGCUGAGUCUCUGCUGCAUCUCCUAGCUCUCCAGCCACCACGCAGGGCCUGUACUCACCUGAGAGGUGGUGUUAAGGCCAAAUGCAGGCAUGAAGGGAGCCUAGACUGCUGAGGGCCAACAGGCCACAUAGCACUUGCCCUUGGAGGGUGCUUCCAUGUCACAGACGAGAAAAAUGAGGCCCAGAGAGGGCAGCCAUCCAUCCAGGGUCACUCAGCACGUCAGAGAGCUGGGCUUCUGCCCAUAGACCCAGCAGUGUGGCCUGGAGCGGAGCAUGGGGUGACUGUCAAGUGAGCCCUGUCUGAGUGGGCCAUGCGGGGUUGCUGGGCACCAGGAGGUAGAAGAAGCCUCCUAGGCGGUGCCCGGGGACACUGGUGGAUGUCUGCUGUCAGGCCACCUCUGCAGAUGGUUGCCUGCCCAGCUACACCAUCUAGAUCUGUGUGAGAUGAACCAUAAUUGGCUCCCGGGCUCCACCUCCCUCCUCUUUCCUCUUUUGGCCACCGGACACAACCCUGUGCCACCCAGAACCUUGCCACCCCCAUUUGGAGAUGCCCAAGAGGGUGAGUGGUGGGUUCCUGAAUAACCACAUUGCAAAACUGCGGGGGGCCCACACAGGCAUCAUGGGGGGCCUGAGAUUUGUGCUUGUCUCCCCAGCAAGUGCUGGAUGGUGCUUAUCUGCGUAAAUAAAUGCUGGCAGCCAA